GGCGUUCAAGUGGCAACUGAAAGGAGUUGUUCAGGAACAGUGUCUUGUCGAACUGGUCUCUGUGGACUUCAAAAUAUCAAAGUUGUCGAUUGAUUUUCAUUGGCAACUUUGAACAUGAACUUGGGGGCCCUCUCCUCGACACAGCAAUGCUUAGGUCUUUCUAAAAGCAAAUCUUCUCUAAAAACCAGGUCAGGGCCGUGUGGCGCAAGCCCCUGUGCCUCUGGCUGUGGGCAUGGUUCCCUGCACCACAGAAGCAGUACCUGGAGGCUCCAAGGCUUGUCAUCACGGAACAGAUGCUCAUUCGUACGACAGCAGACCAAGGCGACCUCAUCGACAUCCUUGUGCCAGCCUGCUAGCUUACAACCUCCCACGAGACAAUGGGGCAACAUAAGGAGAAUUGCAAUUGCGAUGGUUCUUGCAGCGGUGAUCUUGUACAGUCCUGCGCAAGCGCUUGCCAAAGCAUGCUGCGAAGGCUCAGCAAGGCAUGGCUUCUCAGGGGCAGUGCAGGGUCUGCUGGACUUUGCUCUGCACCUGGACAAGCACUUGAGCGCCAUCAUUGUGAAGCAUGGAAGAGCGACUUACGCCAUCCUCUGGGCCAUUGUUUUCGCAGAGACAGGCCUUGUGCUGACUCCCUUCUUGCCAGGGGACUCUCUGUUGUUCGCCGCUGGAGCGUUUGCAGCAUUGGGCUCACUCAAUCUGUGGGCGGUGUGUGGCGUCUUCAUCAGUGCUGCAAUCAUCGGCGAUGCUGUCAACUAUGCCAUUGGCAACUACCUCGGUGGGUGCACUUCUGGUGCAAUUAUCAGCAGCCGAACUCCUGAGUACAUUGCCAAGACAGAGGCCUUCUACAGGAAGUAUGGCGGCAAAACAGUUGUCCUGGCGCGCUUUGUGCCCAUUGUACGAACCUUUGCACCGUUCGUGGCUGGCAUUGGCAGCAUGCCUUACAAAGAGUUCGGGGCUUACAAUGUGGGAGGAGCGCUGUUGUGGACUGUACUGUUUGUGGGAGCCGGCUAUUUCUUUGGCAACCUUGAGUUUGUGCAGCACAAUUUCACCCUGGUUGUGCUGGCCAUCGUGGCCGUCUCAGUGCUGCCAAUUGUCUUUGAGGUCAUUUCCGCGCAGCGAGAAGCUAAGAGAGACCAGUCU